AAUCCUGCUCCUAGAAUAAGUUAUUCUCCUCAAAAUCAAACAAAGAUUCUCUAAAGUGGGGGUAACAAUACUUUGGAAUGGAAUCCACAAGAAUCAAGAACCCCUCCCCCACCCCAUCUCCCUCCCCAUUCCGAUUAAGACCAAUGCACAUGAAAUUUAUCAUCCUUUCUUCAAAUGUACAUGCUCAUAACACUCCCCAAGGCCCACUUUAGUUAUUCUUAUAUCCUUAUCAAUUGGAACAAUUUUGACUAUUUAUAAAUAAAAAAAUUUAAAAAAUUGAUAGCAUUUUCACCCCAUCAUUUCAUUUAUAAAUACCCCAUUCACUCAUCCCCAACUAUCAUUUCACAAAACCUUAAAAAAACACAACACACUUUAUACUUGUUUAUUUCUUUCUUUCUUUCUUGCUCCUCUUGCACUAAUCUAAGAAUGUCAGGGGUUUGGCUUUUCAACAACGCUAACGGCGUGAUGAGGCUAGUGGACGGCUCAGAGGCCAUGGAAGGCGGUCGCCAUGGGUCAGGUGGACGGCGCAAGGUGCUUGUUCACACCGCAAGCAACGAGAUCAUCACAUCUUAUGCGGUUUUAGAGCGAAAACUUUAUUCCAUGGGAUGGGAGCGUUACUAUGAUGACCCUGACCUCCUUCAGUUCCACAAACACUCCACCAUUGAUCUUAUUUCCCUUCCUAUGGAUUUCAAUAGGUUCAAAUCCAUGCACAUGUAUGACAUAGUUGUGAAGAACAAGCACUCCUUUGAAGUUAGGGACAUGAUGAUGUAGGCCAACAAAUUAACAACAAUUAGUCUCUAUGCAUGACCAUGUAAUUUGUUUGGAUUCUUGGUUUUGCUUCUAAGUUGUGUGUUUCUUGGUUUGAUUUUUGAUUAGUGUGACUUAACAUGAAUAUUGUUAAUUUGUCACAUUAUUAUUAUAUUCUAUGUAUAUUUUGAGCAUAGGUUUAAUUUGUGUUUUGAAUACUAUACUAUAUAUAUGUAAUAUAGAGAUACUACGGUGUGUUUGUGUUUGAGUAGCUCUCAUUUGUAUGAGAGUGCUGUAAAUCUUAAUUUGUAGUUGUUUUAAAGUUGAAGUUUUACCA